UCUGCAACACAGAUGAACACUAGGCGGCGCUGUGAAAGCUUCCUUAGCAUUCCUUCUUCAAAAGUGAAAUCAUCAUGUUUAAAGUUAAAAUUCUCGUCGUAGGACCCUGUAUGGCAGGAAAGACAGCAUUGUCCAAUUUCCUAGCAGACGCCACAGAAGGAAGCAGUGGAGAGUACCAUCCUACCCAGGGAGUAAGAAUUCUGGAGUUUGAAUCCCAGACCAACAGCAGACAGGGAGUGGAUGUGGAAAUGUGGGACGUCAGUGGGGAUCCAAAAUUUGAAUCUUGUUGGUCAGCUCUUGCUAAAGAUACCAAUGGAGUGAUAUUUGUAUAUAACCCUGACCAGCCCAAUCAUGAUAAAGACUUAGAAAACUGGUAUAACUAUUUUGUUGAAAACCAAAAUAUUAAAGAAAGCGCCUGCAUAAUAUUUGCACAUCACAAACCAGGGGCAAAUGAAAGGGAAAGAUCUGUACUUUCUGACACAUUUAAGAAGAUUCAUGUGAUACAAACAAACAUUGAUGAUGAUGGUGAAACACUGAGAAAUGAAUUCAUGAACUACUUAACACAGCUACUGGCAGCCAUGACAGACAAGAGAGAGCAGGAGGAAUUAAGCAUCAUGAAUAACCGAUGACAAAGUUAGACCGCUAUGAAGACAUUUUUGACAAUUGAUAUUUUUUUUUCAUGUCCAUACUUUUAAAGUUAUUUUAUAUAUUUAAAAAAUGUUUGAAUUUCCAUUUUUUCUACCAAAAAUUGUUGUGAUCAACUUUUUAUGAAAGGUAUAAAGCAACAUCUGAGUGUAAUUUUUUAAACUCUUAAAAUGUAUUAAUAUAAGCAUCAAAUAAAAAAUCUGUAUAAUUAGAUCAAUUAUAAAAAGAGAAACUAUAACUAAUAUAAAUGAAAUGUUUCUUGUAUUUGACAUUUGUAAGUACAUGUUGACACACUGAAAGGUGAUAUGAAAUGAUUAUACAUGUAUGUACAUUAUAAUGGAAGUAUUAUUUACUGGAAAUUAAAAUGAUACACAAGAUCA